CUCAAACUAUAACAAAUAAACUUCACAACAAAAAGAAAAACACAUAUUCCAAGAACUCCCUCAGAACGAAAAAAAAAAUCAAGAAUGAACCAAAGUGAGAAUAGAUCAUCAACAAAUGAAGAUGUACAAGAAGAGAGCGGAUGGACAACUUAUUUGGAGGAUUUUUCAUUAAUGAAUAACCAAAGGGAAAACUAUAGAUCAUCAUGUUAUUCUCAUGAGGACGAUAAUCAUAGUUUUGGCCAUAAUUCUUUGUUGUCUGAUGCUGCUUCUAAUGCUGCAUGGAAGAAUUAUUGUAAUACUACAAAUUACAAUCAAGUAAUUGGGAAUGAAUGCUCUCCCAAGAAGUUGAAUUUGAAGAAAUUACCAAGAAACAAGAAAAUCAAUGAUCCUGAUUUGGAAGACACUGCUAGCUCACCUGUCAACAGUCCUAAGGUAAGCAAUUUUAAGCAGAUGGAGAUCAAUUACAGAAGAACAGAAAACAUCAGUGGAAAUUUCCUGGGCAAUGAAGGUAGCUCAAGACAAUUUCAAGAAAUGCAGAAAGUAGAAAGAGGCAAUGUAUCUUUAGAAAAUAAUGGCUAUACAGACUUGAAGAAGAAAGGACUAUGUCUUGUGCCUUUAUCUAUGUUCGUCAACUACCAGGGCUGAUUUUUCUCUCUCUCCAUGUAAAAAUCUUGCUUUACUUUUAAAGGACAUAUAUAUACAAGAUGAUUAUAAAAUA